AUGGGCGCACGGACCCCACCCACACUGGAGGAGCUGGCAAGACAGGCGUUGCUGAAAAAUGAGGCCUUGACCAUCUCUGCUCUGGAGCAACUGCCCAAGAUGCUCUUCAUAGCACUGUCCCAGAAGGCCUUAAGAAAAGCUUUGAACAGUGAGGGUCUGAGAGGAUGGGAAAUGGUGGCAGUGGGGAUAAGAACCCCUUGGAAACAAUCUAUCACUCACUGCAAGCUAUAUCAAACAAACUUGUAUCAUUUAUCACAAUGCCACCACCUAUGUCAGCUAAAACAUCUGGACAUGAGUGGAGUCCUACUGUCAAAUUUCUUUUUGAUGCCUCUCAGGGUUCUCCUAGAGAAAGUGGUAGACACUCUUGAGUCUCUGGAGUUAGAGGGGUGUGGGAUAAAGGACUCUCAGCUCAGUUUCUUCCUCCCUGUCCUCAGACAAUGUUCCAAGCUUACCAAGGUCAAUUUCUAUACCAAUGACUUCUCCAUGAAUGUUUUGAGUGACCUUCUCCACCACACAGCCAACUUGAGCAAGAUGACCAUGGAGCAGUACCCUGCCCCUCAAGAGUGCUAUGAGCUGGGUGUGGUCUCCAUAGAGAGAUUUGUACAAGUUUGCCCUGUGCUCAUGGAUACACUCAGAGCCAUAAGGCAGCCCAAGAGCAUCUCCUUUGCUACAGAUGUGUGCAGUAGAUGCUCUAAGCGCUGUGUGUAUGAGCAGGAGACCAGGCUUUGUUCUUGCUUGCAGUAAAGA